CUGGACAAUAGUGAAACUCCACCGUCUCUCCCCAUGUGUAGGUGCAUAUAAAUGGUAUCAAAUAGGGUACAUAGAAUACCAAAUAUCUAGAGGUACUACUGCACGUAACCUUGAAACUCAGCGGCUCCUUCCAAUUCGACGGUCACUGGAAACAUGAUUACCCUCCGUACUAUACAGUAUAUACAAACACAUCCAUAUGCCUACAUACUACUUGCAUAUUCCUGCCACCAACUCAUGUCGGGUGAACUCCAGAGAAUAUCCCAGUAUCAUUGUUUCGAAAAUGUGCCUAUCGUUGCUCGUCAAACGCCGUUCAUGGUGACCAGAACUGUCCUCCUAUUCUUCGGAUGCUUUCCACCCAGUCUUCACAUUUAUUCCCUUUGCUCCACCAACCUUACUGCUAAUUUACUCAAUCGGACCAUAUCCGAAUAGAAAUGUCCGGUCCAGUACAUCACCCCGACUUGACAUGGUGAUUUGUAGGUAACGUAUAUUCAAUCCCUGUAUUGCACUCAUAGCAACUAG